UUGCGUGCGAGGGGGGCGACGUAAGGGCGCUCCGCGAGCCCGUCUCUCCUCGAAUGAAAGGAAACAACCUCCGGCGACAGAGCCCCGCUCUCAGGCGCUGCCGGAGAACCGAGAUCGACUUCUUUCUCUUUCCCCUUACUGGCGCUUCUCCCCUUCCCUUCGCCUCUGGGCCCCGCCGCUUUUCUUGAGGCAUAAAGUGGCAUUCUAAAGGCAAUUUAAAAAUCAUGUCAAGCUCUGUUGAACAGAAAAAAGGGCCUACAAGACAGCGCAAAUGUGGCUUUUGUAAGUCAAAUAGAGACAAGGAAUGUGGACAGUUACUAAUAUCUGAAAACCAGAAGGUGGCAGCACACCAUAAGUGCAUGCUCUUUUCAUCUGCAUUGGUGUCAUCGCACUCUGAUAAUGAAAGUCUUGGUGGAUUUUCUAUUGAAGAUGUCCAAAAGGAAAUUAAAAGAGGCACGAAGCUGAUGUGUUCUUUGUGCCAUUGUCCUGGAGCGACGAUUGGAUGCGAUGUGAAAACUUGUCACAGGACAUACCACUACCACUGUGCAUUGCAUGAUAAAGCUCAAAUACGAGAGAAACCUUCACAAGGAAUAUACAUGGUUUAUUGUCGAAAACACAAGAAAACUGCACAUAAUUCUGAAGCUGAUUUAGAAGAAAGUUUUAAUGAACAUGAACUGGAGCCUUCAUCACCUAAAAGUAAAAAGAAAAGCCGCAAAGGAAGGCCACGAAAAACUAAUUUUAAAGGACUGUCAGAAGAUACCAGGUCCACAUCCUCCCAUGGAACAGAUGAAAUGGAAAGUAGUUCCUAUAGAGAUCGGUCUCCACAUAGAAGCAGCCCUAGUGACACCAGGCCUAAAUGUGGAUUUUGUCAUGUAGGGGAGGAAGAAAAUGAAGCAAGAGGAAAACUGCAUAUAUUCAAUGCCAAGAAGGCAGCUGCACAUUAUAAGUGCAUGUUAUUUUCUUCUGGCACCGUUCAGCUUACCACGACUUCAAGGGCAGAAUUUGGAGAUUUUGAUAUUAAAACUGUACUUCAGGAGAUUAAACGAGGCAAAAGAAUGAAAUGUACACUUUGCAGUCAGCCCGGUGCUACUAUUGGAUGUGAAAUAAAAGCCUGUGUUAAGACUUACCAUUACCACUGUGGAGUACAAGACAAAGCUAAAUACAUUGAAAAUAUGUCACGAGGAAUUUACAAACUAUAUUGUAAAAAUCAUAGUGGAAAUGAUGAGAGAGAUGAAGAAGAUGAAGAACGAGAGAGUAAAAGCCGAGGAAAAGUAGAAAUUGAUCAGCAACAACUAACUCAGCAGCAGCUUAAUGGAAACUAGGUAUGAAAGUUAACUAUAUUGGCUGUGUUGUCAGAAUACAAUACACACUGAUAAAUAUAUAUUGAACUAAUAAUGUGCAGUUUGGUUUUUUUUUAAUGCUACUAUAUUUAGUUAAGCAUGUUACUAGAAUGCUGAGGAUGUGUAGGCUUGCAUAGUUUUUUUUCUUUUAACUAGCUGAUUUUGUAACUGUAAAAACAAGCUAUCCACUUUAUCAAUAAAUGUAGUUGUAGUGUCAAACAAAUAAGAUAUUCUUACUCCUCAAUAACAUUUUAUUUAUUGUGCUCCCCUCAAGCAUCAUAUUUUACAUUUUUUUAUCAUCUUUUAAACAGGUUCAUGGGACAGAGUUAGAAAACUGGGAAUGAAUAAGACAUCCAUAACUACUAUUCUUUUUUCACUGUUUUCUAAAAUCAAAAAGGGUUUGUAACUUUUUACUGCCCAACUCUUAGAUUCUUCAUUGAACUGCCUAAAAGCAUCUUGUUUGUUUUAUGAGCCUUCACUAGAUGGCAGAGUUUGACAUGUUGAUAUCACGUAGCUGUAGUUUGCAGUUUCUGGGAAGCAAUUGAAACACUAUUAACCCUGUGUAUAGUGUCAACAGUUAAAGCAGACAUUGAAAUGAAGUAAGCUAUAUUUCUGGACUGAACAAAGUUCUACUGUUUAGAGUGUCUAAGUUUGUUUAGUGGAUUCAUACUCAAGGGAAAACGUAAGCAAAUUUCACUUUACAGUGCACACACGCCUCUGGUGGCAACACAUGGGAAUUUUUGGAUUUUUUUUUCCACGCUCAAGUAACGGAGGCUAGAAAUGAAGAGAACCUUCUUUUUCUCUUGGCUUUGACAGCACAUGCUAAAAAAUCUCUUCCAAGAAGUGUGCUAAAGCUUUUCAUUUGGUUCCUGUUAAAGUUGUUCUCACUGACCAGCAUGGACUCAGGCAACUGGUUAUUAUAAGCUUUGAGCUCCAGUGCUUAUGCCAAAAUUCUCUUGACAGUAAACCUCUUCUCUUUUCAUGUCAUACAAAGAGCUUCUAGCAAAAUGAUUGGAUCCUUUCAAGUUUAAACUAACAUUUGGCAACAGCAAAUGAAACCUCUUUAAGAUUUAAGGGGUUACCACUUACUAAGGACUUUAGCCACCAUGUCUGAAACUUGUUCCUCUCAAGUGCCGUGUUUUUGUGGAACACUUCAUAUAUUGGCCCAAAGUAUGUAAGGAGGUCUCAUGUGCUGUAGAAGUAAAAAAAAAAAAAACAGUCUUUGCAUAAAACAGUAUUUAUUUUUAAUUUUGUGACCACUAUUUUAGAAACUUUAUUUAAUAUUUUUAAUGUUUUCAUUCAUUGCUUUGCUUAUCUAUAAAAUAGGCUUCUGUGACCUAUUUUCCUUCUGGUAACGUUCGGUAUUGUUUUAUUGAUCAUCAGAAUUGUUUCUCAAAGCCUAAGAACCCAGCUUUUUAGAAAGGAUUUUCACACUGGCAUUUCUAGCUAGUGACAUUUUCUUCCACUUACCUGCUGAAGCACAUUUAUCUAUUUCUUUGUGGCAAAACCAAAAAACUUUAGUUGUGUUCUGCCUAAUAUUACCAUAGCACCUCAGUAUCAAGGGUAGGGAUUCUGAUUUCUGAUUUAUUAGUUAACCUACCACAUUAAAGCAGAUUAGCCAACAAAAAAUAAACAUGUUAACUUGACUGUACAUUGAGAUGUUCUGCAGCUUAUGGAAAAGCAUUUUAAAAAUGUAACAGGUGGAAAAUUACACUGUGCUUAAUGACUGAUUUUUUUUAACUGCUAGUCCCUUAAAGUCACAUUUGUCAAGUGUGUAUUCACACAUUUACUUAAAUCAAGGGACUCAAUGAUUGCUUUAUUUUAACCAUCUUUUAUUAUUUUUAGAAGGAAACUAGCUUUAGUAGUGGAUUGCCCUAUACGUUGUUCUCCUUUUGCUCUAAAUAUACCAUUGGAUUUUUUUGUGUAUGUAUGUGAUGAAUUUUCAAAAUUCACCAUGACUUGAAGUGCAACAACAGAUCUAGAUGUUUGUUUACCAAGCUAUGUGACUUUUCCCAAAGGAUCUGUACUUUAUUUCCUUACAGCAGCUUGAAACCCAUUAUUUUAAAUCUUUGAAUCACUGUGUCUAGAUCAUUUUUACAUUGUGUGCCAUAGACUUACCCAUGGAAUAAUAGAGCACCUUCAUUUUUGGACAACUACUGUAAUGAUAUUUUUAGGAAAAAUGGAAGGUGCCAAGGGGUAAUAAUGGCCAGUCAAUAAUCAUGUAACGGACUUCAAAUACUAUAGCUGUCAGUUAACGAAUUUGUUAUGUAAUAAAGUGUAUGACUUUGUAUGGGUUUCUUCAACCCUUUCUCUGCCACUAGCAACCAGAAUAGCACUUUACCAUUUGGUUGGCUAGAUAAGUGGCUGGCUACCUAUUUUUCUCACUGUGGUGUCAUUGGCUAAACAGUCUUUCAUUAAAAAUUAAAAUGUAAAUUGAAGUCACAUGAAAAAUCACCUUUGGUUGUAAACUUCCAAUAUUUUGAUUCUCUAUCCAUGUUUUCGUCACAUGCUGAGUAAAAGUGCCUUACAAUGUAAAAAUUGUACAGUACUUAUGUUCCCAAGUAGCAUCAUCAUCUUUUGGGUAGUAAUUACAUUGUGGUAUGAAUAUUUAGAAAAAUGGACCUCAGCAGUGUAUUUACUGUUCAUCUCUUAAGUCCUUAACUGUAGUUUUAAUAAGCAUGACAUUAUUUGAUAAGUAUAUAACAUUUACAUCAUUUCAAAAAAUACUGCCAUGACUGUCCUUUAUGCAUAUUUUAGCUUAAAAUUUUGAAGCAUUUUUUUCUUUUUUCCUUUUUUCCAUUUUUUUUGUUUUGUUUUUGUUAUCGAUAUUAAACAGUGUAAUCUUUGCAAGCAUAUAUUGAAGAUUAUUCUGGAGCAUUUAUUGCCUUACCAGAAAUGUUAGUAAGAAAUGUUCUUUAGAGUAGAAAGAUAGACUUGAGUUUCUAUACUUUAAUAAGAGCUCUUUGUUCCUGGGGGGAGGAGGGGUGGGAAGGGUGAGUUUUACUUUCAUCUCAAUUUAUUAAAAACCCACAACUGAAGUACAUUUUAUUUCAAGGAUCAGCAGUUUUAGAAUUUCAGAUCGUACUUGCUCAGGAGUACAUGUUACUCAAGAUAUUAAGAGAAUAACAAGAUAUGUAGAUCUACUGUUGAAUCAGAAUCUAUGUACUUGAACAAAUGUGUGAAUCUUAAAUAUCUCAAAGCAAAAGAAAAGUGUUCUAGAAUGUUGUUGCUUUUUUAAGAAGCACUAAAGUUAGACCAAGGUAUACAGUUUUGUUCUAACAGACAUUUAGGUUAUUGUAAAGAUAAGGAAUGCAUUAUGGGUCAAAAUCAAACAUUCCUCUCAUAUUAUGUAUAUUUUGUUCCUGUUAUAUUGGCUUUAUUUUCAAAAUUGUAGUUUGUAGUAUUAGUUUCCUUUUAUUGGUAUUCUUGCAUAUACUAUUCAUUCAAUAAAUGAGUUAUGACUUUGA